AUGCUCAAAAUGGGAACAAUAUUGAGAUAUGCGAUUGUUUUGUUAAUAGCAGACGGCACUAUGGUCAAUUUUAGGGUGUUUGCUCGAGCUAUGUCUACCGUGGCGAAGUCUUUCGAGGCGAACCAUGUGGUGCCCGAUGUGGUGCCGAAGGCGCCUGCUGCUCUAGCUAAGGUGGUGUUCUCUAGCGGCGUGGAGGUGAAGGAAGGCAACGUGCUGACUCCCACCCAAGUUAAAGAUGUCCCAACAGUCACGUGGGACGCUAGCCCUGACCAAUUGUAUACUUUAGCUAUGACAGAUCCCGAUGCGCCAUCCCGUGAGGAUCCCAAGUUCCGUGAAUGGCACCACUGGCUGGUCAGUAAUAUUCCCGGUAACAACGUGGCCGCUGGCGAGACCCUCUCUGCCUAUAUCGGCUCUGGUCCACCGCCGAAAACCGGGCUCCACCGAUACGUGUAUCUAGUGUACAAGCAACCAUCAAGACUCACCUUCGAUGAGCCUCGCCUUCCCAACACGUCUGGCGAUAACCGUGCUAACUUCUCCAUUGCUAGAUUCGCAAAGAAAUAUAACCUUGGUGAUCCGAUCGCUGGCAACUUCUAUCAAGCUGAAUACGAUGACUACGUACCCAUCUUGUAUAAGCAGCUUGGUGCAUAA